AUGGCCAUCAACAAUGUCGCCCUGCUCGGCGCCAACGGCAACCUGGGGGCAUCCAUCCUCGAGGCCCUCGUCGCGGCGGGCGACUUCCGCGUGACCGUUGUGAAGCGCCAAUCCUCGUCGUCCACAAUCCCGGGCAACGUCCGCGUCGUGACCGUGGACGACGAGCUCUCGCUCGAGAGCCUCAAGGCGGCAUUCGCGGGCGAGGAUGCAGUCGUAACGUGCUUUCCGCUCAAGGACGUCUCACAGCAUCUGCGCAUCGCCGACGCCGCGGCCGCAACGGGCGUCCGGCGCGCCAUCCCCGCUGAUUUUGGUAGCUGCGACUCGAGCAGCCCGCGGGCCCUCGAGCUGGUUCCCCUAUUCAAAUCCAAGGUGGCCGUCCGCGAGCGCCUGCAGGAGCUCGCCGCCGCGAACCCCGAGUUCUCAUGGACGAGCCUCGUCAGCGGACAUUUCUUCGACUGGGGCCUGCGCGCGAACUUCCUGCACUUCGACCUGAAAAACAAGACAGCUGACAUCCUCGGCGACGGUACGCUGAAGAGCUCGACCUCGACGCUGCAUCGCAUCUCUGAGGCCGUGCUCAAGGUGCUGCGCCUGGAGGAGCAGACCAAGAACAAGAUGCUUUUCAUGCAGAGCUUCUGCGUCUCACAGCUCGACGUUCUUGCCGCGCUCGAGAAGGCUACCGGCUCAAAAUGGGAUGCCGAGCACCUCGAUGCGGAGGAGUUCAUCGCCGAGCACAAGGCCAAGGCUGAGGCCGGCGAUUCCGACUCCAUUGAACAUCUCGUGUUUGCUCUGGGAGCUUUGGAUGGGGACUGGGAGGCACGAGAUGGGUUCUCGAUGGAUCUCCUGGGACUGAAGAAUGAGGAUCUCGAUAUUAUUGUUCAACAAGUCGUAGAUUCGGAGACUUGA